AUUCACCCACUUUUCUGAGCCUUAUUUUCUGUAUUAUUGGGCUGUCAUUUACUAAGCGGGCUUGGUCAGGUGUUCCUGGGCAACGUAAGGAAUAUUUUUGUUUCGUUUUCAGUUUCAUUUUCUGCAUCUGGAGGGGAUACUUCAUCGUCAUGUUCAGACGGAUUUUGCAGCUGACACCAGGGAAAGGCAGCUCCCAGAGCUCAGACUCUGAUCAGCCUGCAGCUGCUGAAGUAAAUCAUGAAGAAUCCUCUGAGGGGUUCAUCUGCCCUCUCUGUAUGUGUUCUUACAAAACGUCUACUGACCUGUUUGACCAUUACCAGAGUGAGCAUGGGGAGGCAGGCACAAAGCCACAGGAGCAGCGAAAUCCACUACCUGUUACCGGUUUUAUUUGUCCCCAGUGUAUGAAGGCUCAUGCCUCUGCAGAAGAGCUAUUCAAGCACUAUGAAGCAUUUCAUGAAUCCAGCGGUCAGUCGGUUCACAGAGGGUCAGACAACCAGUCCCCAGGAAGGGAUAAUUUAACAUUCCUUCAGCAAGAAGUGCAAGAUCUACAAGCCUCACUUAAGGAGGAGCGCUGGUUUUCAGUGGAGCUGAAAAAAGAGCUGGAAAAAGUACAAGGGCAGCUGAAGCAAGGUCCUCAGACUGGUGGGAACACUGACGGAUCAACAGAAGUGCAGUCUAUAGGACUCAAGCUGCAAGAAGCUGAAACGGAAAAGUUCAACAUCAAGCAGAUGAAGGAUUUGUUUGAGCAGAAAGCUGCACAGCUGGCAACUGAGAUAGUAGAUAUAAAGUCUAAGUAUGAUGAGGAGAAGAGUCUGCGAGAGGCUGGAGAGCAAAGAAUGAGGAGCCUACUGCAGGAUCUUCAGAAAGAGAGAACAGAGAAAGAGAACCUCAGUAUUGAGCUGCUUCAGCGGCCUGGUGUGGAAGAUGUUGAGGUUCUGAAGAAGGAGCUGAUCCAGGUCCAGACUGUGAUGGACCAGAUGACCCGGGAGAGCGAGGAGAAAUCUGAGAGGCUCAAGAAUCAGUACAAGCAGCUGCAGGCUGAUUUUACAACCUCUGAGAAAACAAUAUCCCAAUUACGAGCCGAGCUGGCAAAAGGUCCUCAGGAAGUUGCAGUUUAUACCAAGGAGCUGCAGAAACUCCAGAGCUCUCUGAAUGUACUGGAGCAGCAAAACCAGAGUUUCUCAGAAAAGCUGUCAAAGAAGGAGAAAGAGUAUGAGGAAUUGGAGAAGCAUCUGAAUGAAGAGGUGACGAGUAAGAAGGGCUUACAGGCCAGCCUACAGCAGAAGGAGCUAGACUGCCAGCAGUUGCAGACGCAGGCCUCGUCGAUCGAGACCUCCUUUCAGAGAGUGCAGUCUGAGCUGAGGGAGAGGGAGGAGGCCAGUCAGAAGCUGAAGGGAGAGCUCUCUGAGGUGGAGGUCAGGCACCAGCAACUAAAAGCAGAGUUCAAACAGGUCCAGCAGCAGAGAGAGGAGAAGGAGCAGCAAGGCCUGCAGCAGCAGAGUGAGAUCAACCAGCUGCACUCUAAACUGCUGGAGACGGAGCGGCAGCUUGGGGAGGUUCAGGGCCGUCUGAAGGAGCAGAGACAGCUCUCUGGAGAGAAGCUGAAGGACAAGGAGCAGCAGGUAGCCGACCUGCAGCUCAAACUCUCCCGCGCAGAAGAGCAGAUAAAGGAAAAUGCAGUAAACUCAACUGAAUUGCAGCAUCAGUUGGACAAAGCAAGACAACAACAUCAGGAGCUGCAGGGUGUGCAACAAAACACCACCUCCAAACUACGAGAGGCACAGAAUGAUUUGGAACAAGUAUUGCGUCAAAUUGGGGAUAAAGACCAGAAGAUCCAGAACCUGGAAGCUCUGCUACAGAAGAGCAAGGACAGCAUCACCCAGCUGGAAACAGAGCGGGAUGAUCUGUGUGCAAAAAUCCAAGCAGGGGAGGGGGAGACAGCCGUGCUCAACCAGCUGCAGGAGAAAAACCACGCUCUGCAGGAGCAGGUUACCCAAUUGACAGACAAGCUUAAGAAUCAGUCAGAGAGCCACAAGCAGGCCCAGGACAACCUUCAUGAGCAGGUCCAGGAGCAGAAGACCCACUUAAGGGGAGCCCAGGAUCGCUGUCUCUCCCUGGAGACCACCAUCAGUGAGCUCAAUGGACAAAUCGCUGAGAGCAAGGAGAAAGUGACCCAACUAGAUUCUCAGUUGAAGGCGAAGACUGAAUUACUGCUUUCGGCUGAAGCUGCCAAAGCUGCCCAGCGAGCCGAUUUGCAGAACCACUUAGAGACAGCCCAGCAUGCACUGCAGGACAAGCAGCAGGAGCUAACCAAAAUCAAGGCUCAGUUGGACCAAGUCAGCACCAAGCUUGAGGAUAAAAAAGAGCAUUGCAGUCAACUGGAGAGCAACCUGAAGGAGAACAAGGAGAAGCUGCUGAACUCAGAGCAGAAGAUUGAGCAACUUGAAGGACAGGUUAAGAAACACGAGGCUGACCUCCAAGAAGUUCAAACGAACAGAGAUCAGCUUCAACAGGACCUUGAGAAACGGAAGAAGCAGAGUUCAGAAACAGAAAACCAAGUGAAGGAACUCUGCAAGCAGCUUGAUGCAGAAAAGGGAGUUGUAACUACUAUCAAAGAGGUACUGCAAAAGAAGUCCACUGCUCUUGAAGAAGCAAAGCAACAGCUGACCAAGCAGGAGGAAGACAAGGUCAACAUAAAGCAAGACCUGGAGAAGCUGAGGCAGGAGGCAAAGACGCGGCAGGAGGAACUGGGCAACAAAGCUCAAGCCUUGACAGAAAAUCUUCAGAAAACUCAGCAGGAGAAAGAGUCUCUAUUGAAAGACCUAGCAGUAAUGAAAGAGAACCUGUCCAAAGUCUCACAGUCUCUGAAGGAGUUGCAGAUGCAGCUGGAAAAGCAGAAGCAGAAUGAAAAGGAAGCCUUAGAUCAAAAGGAAAAAUCUCAUCAGAAAGUGAAUCGGGAGCUUCAGAAGAAAGCAGAGUCUGCAGCUAAAGAAGUAAACGAGGUUAAAAGUCUGCUGCAGAAAAAGGAUGAGACUGAGAAAGAGUUGAAAUCCCAGCUGGCAUCAGUAACCACUCAGCUUUUAAAAGUGCAGGAGGGACUGAAGGAGAAGGAGAAAGCAGAGCAGCAGCUGCAGCGAAAGUUAAAAGGAGCCCAAGAGUCCUCUACCCAAGAGAUAAAAAAACUGGAGUCGCAGUUAACUGAUUUACAGACUGUUCAUUUGCAGAAGGUUCAGGUGGAGGUGAAAUUAAAAGAGCAGUUAUCACAAGAGUUAAACGAUGAGAAAGAAAAGUUAACCCAACUUCAGAAAUGCUAUGACAGCAUAAAGGAAAGUCAAUCUAAACUACAAACUGAAUUGCAUGGGAAAGAAUCGGAGCUUUCUGCAAUUAGGCAGGACCUAAAGAUUACAGAGGAGAAGCAGACGUUGGCUGAGGAAGAAUUAGUUACAAACAGAAACCAACUUGCCAGCCAGAGUCAGUUGAUCCAAGAGUUGAAAGCAGCCAAGGCUGAGCUGGAGCAGGAUGUGGUAAAGAAGAACGAGCAGAUCAAACGGCAGGAGAAUACUUUACAGGAUGAACAAAAACAAAAGACGUUAAAGGAAGAGGAAUUGAAAAAGGAGAAGUCGAAGGCAGCAGAGCUGAACAAAUUGAAGUCUGAACUGGAGAAGAAAGCGAGCGAGCUGACUGAGGAACAUAGGGCGCUCAAAGAACAGUAUGAGAAAGAGCUGACAGACCUGAAGGAUGCCAAACAGUUGCUGAUUCAGCAGAAGUUGGAUACACAGGGGGUGGCUGACAACUUUAGAUCUGCCUUGGAGCAGGAGAAGAAAGAACACAAGACAACCAGGGAGGCCUUCGGUAAAAGAGAGGAAGAACUGAAGAAGGAGCAGACACAGAGAGAGUCCAAACUGAACACAGAGCUGAAGGCUAAAGAGGAGCAGAGGAAGCGGUAUGAGGAGGCAGAGGCCAAGAUGAGCAUGGAGAUCACAGCGCUGAACGAGAACAUCGGCACUCUGAAGAAGGAGUGGCAGAGCAGUCAGCAGCGGGUGGGGGAGCUGGAGAAGCAGACAGAUGACCUGCGAGGGGAGAUCGCAGUGCUCGAGGCCACGCUGCAGAACAACCAGGAUGAGAGGAGGGCACUGCUGGAGAGGUGUCUGAAGGGUGAAGGGGAAAUGGAAAAACAACAAACCAAAAUGAUGGAAAUGAGAAGGAAACUGGACGAUACAACUGCAGCAAUGCAAGAGCUGGGCAGGGAGAAUCAAAUGCUACAGAUCAAAAAUACCCAAGCACUAACCCGGAAAUGGGCUGAAGAUAAUGAGGUUCAGAAUUGUAUGGGAUGUGGAAAAGGGUUUUCGGUCACUGUACGAAAGCAUCACUGUAGACACUGUGGAAAUAUCUUUUGCGGUGAAUGUUCAGCCAGGAAUGCCUUAACCCCAUCGUCCAAGAAGCCUGUGCGAGUCUGCAGCACCUGCUUCGAUGAGCUGCAGUGAUGAGAACACUUACAUCUAUACAGAGCCUAUACCUUUUAUUCUUUUAUACAUGCACUCAUGUCUGUUUUCAAAAGAAAAAUAUUCCAGUUUUGAGAAUGAUUGAUUACUGUAUUAUAUAGAGCAUAUGGCAUAGGAUCACAGGGACUAAUGGCUUGCAGCUUGAUUGUUAUUCCGACUGUGUUCAUCUUGGUGGAUUUUUGAGAGUCAUGGAGUUUUUGAGUUUGUUGAGCUUUUGAAUUAUCUAGUGCAGUCUGUAAGUUCAGAGUGCUGAUCUGGAUGUAGGUUGGAUGUGCUGCAUCCUAAAAUUCACCCUUUUAAUCUCUGAUUUGAACCAAUGCAUCUUAAGUUAGCUGGCUUUUGGGAGAUGAUGAACACUUAAAAAAUGUAUGUAUAAAUGUACUAGAGAACAUGAUAAUGAAAAUCUUUCACAUAAGUUUGUUGUGGAAGCUGGUAAUUUAUAAUAAUUGAUUUUGUUUUUUAAAGUAGUUAGUUCUACAAAUUUAACCUGAUAAACACAUCUCUGGAGACUUAUCAAGACACCACUAGUUACCAGCUACGGAAGUAUUUAACCAAAGAUUGCUGUUUGUAGGUAAUCUGGAUAUGUGAGGCCCAGCACAUUUUUGUAAUUUUAUUCGUGACACUGCCAGGUAGAAAUCAACAGAUUCUACAAACAACAAAUCAAAUUGAUUCCAACUGACUGCUUGUUCGCAGUAUAACCAAUUGCAAAGUUGCUGUUUAUAAAGAUCGAAUGUGUCUUUUUGCAUUUUACUUAUAUGAAUUUGAUGCUUGCAUUUAGAUCUAUAAUGGUAUAUGCUGACUGGGUAUAACCUGUUUUUUUAUUAUUUUUUUUCUUAAGUUCUGGUGUAUGCAUAUACAGUCGUUUUGUAAAACGCAUUUGGUGAUGCUUUUAGAUGACAAUACUCAUGAUUAUGUUAGAUGGAUUAGCUGUAGAUAAACCAGAAUUUAAGAUUUAUUUUAAAAAAGAAAAAAAUAAGUUUGUUUUUGUGUUUUUUUUUUAAUCCAGAGGAAUUAUGUUUUAACAAGGGGAAAUUUAUUUCCAGACUCACUGGACACUUUUCCUGAAGUGCCAGUCAUUUUCCAUUGGAUUUUGCUGCUAAAGUGUCUGUACUCUUGUCUUGUGCCAUGAAUAUUUCAGAAUUUGAAAGCUGCAGAUAUGCUGUGUGCUAUAGACAACCUUAUUCUUCAAAUUCAUUGCCUUAGUUUGGCAUACUGGCACAGCCAUUUUGCAAGUUCUGAAUACAUCGCAGAAAUGACUGUAUUCUGUUAUUCUGACAGUCCUUUUAAAUAAACUUGGUAAAUGUCUGGCAUGUCACAGUUGAAUGCCCAUUUGAGAAUAGUAACUGGGCUUUUUGCUAAUGUGCUGUACUGCAACAUUUACAGGAAAGCCGCAUUCAGCAGUGUAGUGAUCAGAUUAUUUUAUGUCUACCUCUCAGUUGUUUUUGGGAUUAGGUACCCCCAAGAGAAUGUCGAAACACAUUAGUUUGUAGUCUAGGCCUAUUUUUCCAAGAUGUAUGUUUUUCUGUAACUUUUUAUAUUCUUUGCCUAUAUUUACAUACUACCUACUAUUUAUGUGCACUUUCCUGCAGCAAAUUAUCACAAAGCCGCUUGAGUUCUAUUGACGUCCUCUUUUUAACUUUAGCCCUCCAGACCUUUAUCAAUCAUGAAAUUUAUGAUCUGAAUUCAUUUUUGCUAAACAAUAAUGGUAUUAUUUUGUUUAGACAGUGCCAGACAAUUUUCCUGUUUUAUUUUAUUAUGAUGAUUUUUACAUUUUGUUAUCACUGCAAACUAUGUUAAUAUUGUGUAAAAAUGGAAAACAAAAAGUACUAAUCUGUAAAAUUAUUGUAUGAAAUGUGUAAAAUAACAUUGGCAAAAAUCAAUUCCGCAAUUACAAAUGCAGAAAAGGAAUGUCAUUGUUGUCUUACAAUACAUUGUUUAUUUAAAUGACACUACAUACUUAAUUGUAAAUGGGUACCCCUACAGUAGAUGUAGAUCUCCAUGCAUGAAACCUGUUUUCUUCCAUUGGUUAUUUGUGUUCAUGUAGUUGUGCCUUAAAUUGCAAUGCUCUUUUCUUUUCAUUUUGUUUAGUUCAAUGCACAGACUUAUAUGCUCCUGAAGUGGGUGACUGCCACUUUAAACACAAAUGGCUCAGUGACUUCAGUAAUGAUCAGGAAAGAGUGUUAUUUAUGUCCAGAUGUUACCUUUGUUUUCUAAUUUGCCCACGUGGCUAAGGGUAAAUAAAACUAGACGUUUCUAUUUU